GCUUCGCACACGUUGGCCGACGUCGGUCUCUCCCUGUUUGCACGUUAUCCACUGUAGUGUAGGCGCUUUGCAUAAGGGAGUUGCUUGCUUUCGUCUUAACGGUGUGACAGACGCUACCUGAAGUCAUGGCUGAGCAGUUGGCUGCCAUGUGUGAUCAGCUUAUAAAAGCCGUGAUGGUGAUAAUGGACGCAGAAACGAGCCAGAUUUACCGACUGGAGGCCCUAAAGUUCUGUGAAAGAUUUAAAGAGACAAGCACCCUUUGUGUCCCAUGUGGCCUGCAUUUAGCGGACAAAAGUCAGCCUGCUGUGGUGAGACACUUUGGUUUGCAAAUACUGGAGCACGUCAUCAAGUUCAGAUGGAACAAUAUGCAGCAACAAGAGAAAGUCCAGUUAAAAGAGUGUGCCAUGCAGCUGCUAACAACUGGUACUCAUUCUAUCCUGGAGGAAGAGAGCCACGUCAAAGAUGCCCUAUCUCGAAUCGUGGUAGAAAUGAUUAAAAGAGAAUGGCCUCAGCAUUGGCCAGAUAUGCUGAAGGAGAUGGAAACCCUCUGUAGCCAAGGGGAGGCACAGACAGAACUGGUCAUGCUGAUCCUUUUGAGGCUGGCAGAGGACGUUAUCACCUUCCAGACGUUACCCACACAGAGACGCAGAGACAUCCAACAGACACUCACCCAGAACAUGGAUAGCAUCUUCAGCUUCAUUUUGGCCAUUUUGCACAUUAAUGUAGAGGACUAUCGCAGAUUGAAAGAAGAACCGGUUCACGAAGUGAAGGCCAAAGCUCACUGUCGAGUUGCCGUGGCCACGCUGAAUACGCUUGCAGGCUACAUAGAUUGGGUGAGCCUGGUGCACAUCACUUCUAGAAACUGUCAACUGCUGGAGAUGCUGUGCCUGUUGCUGAGUGAACCUGAGCUGCAGCUGGAGGCUUCGGAGUGCCUACUUAUUGCUUUGAGCCGGAAGGGCAAGCUGGAGGAGAGGAGGCCCUUCAUGCUGCUAUUUAAUGAUGUGGCCAUCCAGUACAUCCUCUCUGCAGCCCAAUCGGCAGAUAAUUUAGCAAUAUGUCCGAAUUCAUCAAGUUCACAAACAGUGGAGGUGGUGGAGCGCCGCUACAUUUUCCUGAAGAGACUCUGUCAGGUCCUGUGCGCUCUAGGAUUCCAGCUCUGCUCAUUAGUGGGUUCAUGUCCAGAGGUUGAAGUUCCUGCAAAUCUCAGCAAGUACACAGAAGCCUUAUUAGCCUUCACUACACAUUCCAGUCAGUUUUUAAAAUCUUGUACUAUGAUGACAUGGGGCAGUUUGUUCAGACAUGAGAUUCUGUCAAAAGUCCCUGUUGUCUUGGAGAUGGCCGUCAAACUCCUCAAAGUAUCAACAACCAAUCUUGUUAAGACUGGUUUCCCUUCUAGGCAGGACAGCCCAAGUUGUGUGUACUCUCGUAUGGACUUUGACGGUGACGAAGACUUCAGCUCUUCCUUCUCCGUAUAUCGAGCACAGCAAGGGGAAGUUCUGAGGACUAUAAGUCGUAUUGUUCCAGUGGAGGCUUUCCAGACCGCUGCAGAGUGGCUACAGUUUCAGAUCGCCGCUCCAGUUGAUCCUGGAGACGCAUCCUCUAAGACGGCCGAGGGUCUGUGUUCCUUGACGUCGCCAUGUGUCCUUCAGUGGGAUGCAGUCACAGUCUUUAUGGAGUGUGUGAUGCAUCAGAUCUUCAAAAGUUUGGAUGAUGAGAAGUUGCCAAGAGAUCAGAGCAUGGAGCUCCUGCAAGCCGUGCUGAACUACGAAACCAGAGACCCACUCAUCCUGUCCUGUGUGCUGAGCAACAUCUCGGCCCUCUUUCCAUUCGUCACUCACAGGCCAGAGUUCGUGCCACAGGUUCUCUACAAGCUAUUUAAAGCAGUCACUUUUCACAUAGAUUCAGAAAACAAGUUACCUCGCAGUCGAGCUGUGAAGAAUGUUCGGAGGCACGCCUGCUCGGCUAUCAUUAAAAUUUGCCGGGAUUACCCCCAGUUUAUCUUGCCUUGCUUCGAUAUGUUUUACAACCAUGUCAAAGAGUUGUUUUCUAGCGAUGCCACGUUGACUUUCUUGGAGAAAUGCUCCCAGAUAGAAGCUCUGGUUCUCAUCAGUAACCAGUUUAAGGACUUUGAAAAGCAGAAGGCUUUUUUAGAUGAACUAAUGACCUCAACAAUCACCCAGUGGACCUCGGAGGAGAUGACAAGUGUGCUUUGGGAUCCUGUCAAGUUCCUGUUAUUUGUUGGAGCAGAUACAGUUGUCACAGAGGCGAAGGAUGAGGGAGAUGCAGCAGGACAUAACAGGGGUGAAUUGAGCUUCUCUUUGAAUGCGAUGCUCGCGGUGGUAAAGCGUGCACGCUGGCCUGCAGACCUAGAAGAAGCAAGAGCCGGUGGAUUUGUGGUUGGCUACACUCCCGCUGGAGCCCCUAUCUACAGAAACCCUUGUGCAGCUCAGUUUCUGGCCUUCCUGCCCAAUCUGCUCGCUCUUAUAAGAACUCAGAACAGUUUAUUUAUACCUGAGAAUGUUGCUCGUCUUAGUGAGACCUUCUCCAGAGCAUACGAUGUCAUAGAUGGAGAUAAAUUCAUAAUUCUUGGUCUCCCCCAGCCUAGUCAGGAUAAUUAUGAUGCUCCCGUGAAUAAAAGCCCUCUAGAUCGGAUGCAGGGGUUUUUUACUUCAUUAUUUGAAAACUGCUUUCAUAUCCUGGGUAACGCAGGUCCAGCUCUGAUGCAGGAGUUUUACACAGUGGAGAGACUCGCUGAAGGAAUCAUCGGCUCUGCCUUUGCUUCCCUUGACCAUGUGCCUGAUCACAGACUUCGCUCUGUUAUUCGGCUGUUUUUAAAGCAGUUGGUGCUCUCCUGUCCUCCAGAGUAUCACGAGAGUCUGCUGCGCCCCCUGCUGGGGCCUUUGUUCACCUACAUGUUGCAGAGGCUGAACGUAAAGUGGCAGGUCAUCAACCAGAGGUCCUCUGUGAAUGGGGAAGAAGAGGAGGAGCAGGUGAUCCAAGAGGACAGAGCUGUGACUCAGGAGAUGCUGGAAGAGCAGCUUGUUCGUCUGCUCACCAGGGAGGUUCUGGAUCUUCUCAAUGUGAGCUGUAUUUCCAGAAAGGUGCCAGAAGCAGCAGCAAAUAAGGAGGAAAAUGAUGAGGAGGAUGUGGCGAUGGAGUCGGUUCAGGCAGCAUCAUCUCCACAGCCCAUGGAAGAGCUGACUGAACUUGGAAAAUGCUUGCUUAAACAUGAGGAUGUGUAUAUGUCUUUGCUGACCCUCUCAUUCACCUCACUCUCCUGGAAGGACACCACAAACUGCCACCGCACCGCGUCCAUGGUCUGCUGGAACCUCCUGCGGCAGGUUGUAGGGGGUAAUCUUCUCCCUGAGGCGGUGACGUGGUUCUAUACCAGCGUCCUCAGAGCCCUUCAGGUUCACGGGCAGCAUGACACCUGCAACGUUACCCUCUGUAACCUGGCCAUGCUCAUCUAUGACAACCUGCGACCGCGCUACAUUGAGCUGAGGACAGUGAUGACCCAGAUUCCAAACAUCAACAUGGAAGCUCUGGACCACUAUGAUCAGAGGCUUGUGGAUCCCAAUGCCCAGAAAUUUGGAGAGAAAAAAAGAAAAGACCAGUUCAAGAAGCUCAUUGCAGGAACUGUUGGGAAAGCUCUCUGCCAGCAGUUCCGGAAGGAGGUUCACAUCCGUAACCUUCCAUCCCUCUUUAAAAAGCCGAAGCCUGACAAGGAUAUAGUGGAGACUGAACAACUGGGCCUUGCAGCUCUCUUCAAUGCAAAGAAUGAUGGGCUGUAGGUGGAAAGUUCUUCAAACUGGCUGCAAACAUUGUUCUGUGUUCAAACAGAAAACCGCGACACCCAGCUGGAGCCGCGUGCUGCUCCCCAACACAUCUGCCAUCUUGCUUUUCAGUGGGUAACCUCAGCAAAUUCACCGAGCCAGAGCAGGACUCGACCACUUUUUACAUUUCCACAAACACUAUUCACCUUCACAAACAAAUUAAACUGUCUAAAUCUCAGCUUUUUUUCAAGCAGAGCAGCACUAUUUAUUUUUUAAAGAAAAACUUUAAACCACAAAUCGAACUUCUAUAAGAUUACUCAGCUUUUUUUAAAUGGUCUCUUUUGUUCCAUUUUCUUUAUUGUCGUUACAGCUACACAAACACUAAGCAUAUCAGAUUUAUAAAGAUGAAAUAUGAUCUAGUUGAAGAUUUUGUAUUUAAUGAAACAGAUCAAAUCUUACGAUCCUUAAAAGAAGCUGAAUCUGAAGGGACAGACUGCAGAGGGAGCCUGUUAAAGACAGUGGGGGAAACGGAUCUGUAUUAUGUGGCUUGCACAAGCUGGGUGCAUUAGGUGUUAAAAACUAUAAAUACUAGGUAAGCUUAUUAGUUUGCAGAGAUGUGAGGGCAGAGUGUUAUGAAUGAAACGGUGAUGAAGAAAAGAGAACGAAUCGUUGUUCAGAUUACCUUAUUCUGUCUAUUAAUUCUGAGUCAUCAGCGGUACCUUAGGUUCAGCUUGUCUUUUUAACCGUGGAAAAAUACUUUAUGAAACCUUGAAUAAACUACUAGACUGUGCUGUUUUGUAUUAGAAUUUUGAAUACGAAGCAGCUAUUCAACAUGCAUUCCCAGACGGUUAAGCUAACCUUGGUUAUCCUAAACAGCUUCGACUCUAAAGCUGUGCAUAUAUUGCUUCACAAACAUAUGUGCCAAAACACUGACUGUAAGGCUAUAAGGAGAUGGCUCAGUCCACAGGUUGCAUAUAAUAUAAAAACUAUUUAAGGAUGUGCUUAUUAGAGGAUGUGUAGCUUAUUCCAAGUGGGUCUGUGAAUCUACGUCUUAAAUCACCUGAUGAUUUUUUAUUUUUUUUUAUCUGAUCAUGUUUGUUCUGUUUUUAUGAACAGGCACUACAUUCCUUUCUUGUUUGAAGGAUUGUUUUUGGCAUUUUUUUGUAUUUAUAGCAGAUCAUAUUGUUUUCCUAAAUUUUACUGUUUUAUAUACGCAGACCAAAAUGUGUGUGGCAGCUGUUCUGACUUGAACCUCUGAAAUGGUUUUUCAACUGGUCUACAUAUCAGAUGCAGUUUGACAAAAAAA